UCUUCUUCCUCAUCUCCCCUCCCCCUCCCCUUAAAUCCGAUCGACAGCUCCUGCUGGCAUCCCACCAUCACGCGCACCCCCAAGGCCCCAACUACUAAUAAAGCCAUCAUCACCACGCGCACAUGCGCAGAGAGAUAGAUCAAUUUCCCUUCUCGCGACCCAGCAAUUUCAAGUGUUCUUCCUCCUCGUUUCCGGAUCUUUUUCAGGAGGUUUCGAUUUGCGCCGCUGCCCACUGGCCGCUGGAUUUUGCGUGUCGGUGACUUUCCCCUUAUCUGGAGAUGUCUUUUCGGAGUAUGGUUCGUGAUUUAAGAGAAAGCUUUGGUUAUAUAUCGAGGCGUAACUUUGAGGUGAGAAUUCAUCACAGAGGGAAGUCUCUUGGAUCUUCAAGUGACCUGCAAGACGGGCCUAUGGUAAUUCAACAAAGCAGAUGGGCUAGCCUUCCUCCUGAGUUACUCCGUGAUGUGAUGAAAAGGUUGGAGGAAGAUGAGAGUAGCUGGCCAUCCCGCAAGGAUGUUGUUUCCUGUGCCUCUGUUUGUACAACCUGGAGGGAUAUGUGUAAGGAUAUAGUGAGAAGUCCAGAAAUUUGCGCAAAGCUCACAUUUCCAGUAUCUCUUAAGCAGCCUGGACCACGAGAUGGAGUGAUCCAAUGUUUCAUAAAAAGGGACAAAUCAAAACUGACGUACCGUCUCUACUUGUGCCUUAGCUGUGCUGUGCUUGAUGAGAACGGGAAGUUCCUACUAGCUGCCAAAAGGAGCCAGAGGACGACGUGCACGGACUAUGCCAUUUCUAUGGAUUCAAAAAGUUUCUCGCGAUCGAGUACUGGAUACAUUGGGAAGCUGAGGUCAAAUUUCCUUGGAACCAAAUUCAUCAUUUAUGACACACUGCCUCCAUUCAAUGCUGGGGGACUUUGCUCACAGGAACGGGCCCCUAGCCGUCGGUUCUCUUCCAGAAAAGUCUCACCAAAAGUUCCAGUGGGUAGCUACCCCAUUGGACAGGUGAACUAUGAGCUGAAUGUGCUCGGCACCCGGGGGCCAAGGCGGAUGCAAUGCACUAUGCAUUCCAUCCCAGAGUCAGCAGUAGAGCCUGGCGGUGUUGUGCCAGGGCAACCGAAAGAGCUCCUUCCGAGGUUAUUCGAUGAGUCCUUCCGCAGCACAGCAACUUGCUUCUCCAAAUACACCAUCGCAGAUAGCUCCACGGACUUGAGCACUUGUGGGUACUCCGAGUGUGGUGGAGGAAACCCGCAAGGUGGCGACGACGCAGACAAGGAGAGGCCCCUGGUUCUGCACAACAAGGCGCCAAGGUGGCAUGAGCAGCUGCAGUGUUGGUGCCUCAACUUCCGUGGGCGCGUGACAGUGGCAUCAGUCAAGAACUUCCAGCUGGUAGCCUCUGUGCCACCGCCAGCUUCAGCAGGGGCUUGGGCGCCUGGUGUGCAGACGCAGCCCCAGGCGUCGGGUCCAUCUUCGUCAUCAAGCCACGACACGGUGAUCUUGCAAUUCGGCAAAGUUGCAAGGGAUAUGUUCACCAUGGACUACCGGUACCCGCUGUCAGCUUUCCAGGCCUUCGCCAUAUGUUUGACCAGCUUUGACACGAAGCUGGCCUGCGAAUAGAUGAUGGGUAGGAAGGGUAGGAAUUAGAGCAGCAGGUAGCAGGUUGUAUGUGAUAAGCAGAGCAUUCAAGUGUGCAUGUACAUACAUAACAUAACGGCUAGUAGGUGUUGUUUGGUCUGAAACCUGAAUUUUAUGAGUUUGUAUGUUGGUGGUGGGUCGUCGAUCAGAUGAUGUUGUAGUGGUUGCGCUGGAAAAUCUGAAGAUAAAUUUGGUUGGUGUUUGGAAUGA